CCGCCAUAGAAUAUGCGACUCACACGACUGGAAGCGUUCCAUCUGUCCGUCUGACUUCCAGUGUUGUUGAUGUGUGUGUGCGUGACAGAAAGAGAAAACGUGGAGCAAAUUGCGUGAAGUCGUGGAAAAUCCUAAAUUUCUAGUGUCCUUUCUGUCCUGUGGCCCCCAAAAUGCCACCACUGCGUCGCCCCAAUGAGGGCCUCUUAGCUCGCGUGAAUUUUCCAUUGUACUCUGUCGAGAUGCUGAGCAGUCGUCAUGUUUUGGUGGCUGGCGGUGGAGGAUCAGCAAAGACUGGCGUUGCCAACGGAUUUGAAAUCUACGAGAUCUACCACAACGGCGACAGGUUUGUGGCCGAGGAGAUUGUUCGCCACGAGACUGGACCCAGCGUCGUCAUGAAUUGUGCUGUACGCAGCGAUGGCAGGAGAUCCUUCCUCGUGGCCGGCCAGGAGAGUCACUGCCAACUCUACCACGUCAACACGAAGAUCAUCGAUGAGUCCUCAGUCACUAGCAAGCCAAGUGAGUCCGAUGAGAAGACCACAGUGCGUCAGCGACGCACUUCCACGCGUCAGGCGCAAAAUUCUGGCGUUGAGGAAAUUCCACAGGAUUCUAUGUCCAUCCGACGUCUGUCAUUCGACAUCAAGCCUGGUGAUUCAGUGCAGACGGACUUUCUCGACCGGGAACCCAUCCAACGCGUGGUGAGACUGAGUUGGGAUUGCAAAUUGAUGGCCACUGGAGGAACAGACGGUCGCCUGAGGUUGUGGAAUUUUCCCCGCAUGACCAAAUCACGCGACAUUGCGGCCCACUCGAAAGAGCUCGACGAUCUCGACUUCAGUCCGGACGGGAAGCUCGUUGUGUCGAUCGCCAAGGACGGCCUAGGCGUGGUGUGGGACGUGGCGACUGGCAAGGAGGCCGGCACUCUCGCCUGGCAGCCUCCUGAGGGCGUUAAGUAUCUCUUCAAGCGCUGCCGCUUCGGCGUGAUCGAGGACAAGAAGGACAAGUGCCGCCUCUUCACUCUGGCCAAUCCGCUGGGCAAGUCUGGCCGCCAAAGAGGCUUCCUGCAGCAAUGGGAUCCCGAAACUGGCAGUCUACAGCGCAUGGUCGGUCUGGACGAAAGCCUCUCUGCCCUGUCAGUGCGCGACGAUGGACGUUUCGUGGCCAUCGGCACGAUGUUCAGCGGAUCGGUGUCGAUUCAUAUCGCCUUCAGCCUUCAGCGAGUGCUCCACGUGCCCAAUGCACAUUCCAUGUUCGUCACCGGACUCCAAUUUCUUCCUGUUCUCAGUUCGGACGGCCCAGCAAUCUCCAGCGACUCCGAAGCAGCUGUUCUCUCCAUCUCCGUGGACAACCGCAUUUGCAUCCACAGUCUACAGUACAGACACACUCUUCCCGCAUGGGCAGCAAUUAUCCUCAUCAUCGUCAUUCUCUUUCUCACAUUCAUGCUGUGCUCUUAUAUGGGAUUGUAGCUGAUAUAAGAUCAAUUGCCCAAUAUUUAUUCACCUCGAGAGCCAAUCUGAUACUUAAACAGCUUGCUGAAUAGCAUUUUUGCCUAUAGCAGACAGUGAAACGGAAGAGAAGGAAUGCAAACUGCAGACGCUCAAUCAAUUAAAUAACGGAAAUUUCUAUGUAAUUGAAUAAAAACAAACAUUUUAGGAAAAAGUGAUUAAAUUAAUUGUUCAAAGACAGA